AUGGAAACUACAAUGGUUUCAAAAGCCAAAAGACUUCACUUUAUUUUGAUCCCUCUCAUGGCUCAAGGGCAUCUGAUCCCCAUGGUUGAUAUCUCCAAGAUUCUUGCGCGACAAGGUAACAUCAUUACCAUCAUUUCAACCCCUCAAAAUGCUUCUAGAUUUGCCAACACAGUUGAGAGGGCGAGAUCGGAGUCGGGUCUCGACAUCAACAUCGUGGAAUUUCCAAUUGCCUACAAAGAAUUCGGUCUUCCCCAAAAUUGUGAGACUCUCGACACUUUGCCCUCAAAGACCCUCCUACGGAGAUUCUAUGACGCUGUGAAUAAGCUUCAGGAGCCAUUGGAAACGUUUCUUGAGCAGCAAGAAAUUCCUCCAAGUUGCAUUAUCUCCGACAAAUGCCUUUUUUGGACUUCAAAAACUGCGAAAAGGUUCAAGAUCCCGAGGAUCGUGUUCCACGGGAUGUGUUGUUUCUCUCUUUUGAGUUCACACAACGUCCAUCUUCAUAGCCCUCACCUCUCGGUUUCUUCAGACUCAGAAACUUUCUCUAUACCAGGAAUACCACAUAGGAUCGAGAUAGCUAGAGCUCAGUUACCAGGUGCUUUUGAGAAGUUAGCAAAUAUGGAUGACGUUCGCGAGAAGAUGCGUGAAGCCGAAUCAGAAGCCUUUGGGGUUAUCAUUAACAGCUUCCAAGAUUUGGAGCCUGGCUAUGCAGAGGCUUACUCUGAGGCCAUCAAGAAGAAGGUAUGGUUCGUUGGACCCGUUUCUUUAUGUAAUGAUCGUAUGGUAGACCUAUUCGAUAGAGGAAACAAUGGUAACAUUGGGAUAAGCGAGACAGAAUGCUUGAAGUUUCUCGAUUCGAUGAGACCAAGGUCAGUGUUAUAUGUUUGUCUAGGCAGCCUCUGUCGACUAAUACCUAAUCAAUUGAUAGAACUAGGGCUAGGGUUAGAAGAAUCUGGAAAGCCCUUUAUUUGGGUGAUCAAGACCGAGGAAAAACACAUGAAUGAGCUAAAUGAAUGGUUAAAGCGAGAAAAGUUUGAAGAGAGAGUCAGAGGAAGAGGGAUAGUAAUAAAGGGUUGGAGUCCUCAGGCUAUGAUACUCUCACAUGGCUCGACCGGAGGGUUUUUGACUCACUGCGGUUGGAACUCGACGAUCGAAGGAAUAUGUUUUGCUGUACCAAUGAUUACAUGGCCUAUGUUCGCUGAGCAGUUCCUCAAUGAGAAACUUGUGGUGGAGGUCUUGAAGGUAGGGGUUAGGGUUGGAGUGGAGAUUCCGGUGAGAUGGGGAGAUGAGGAAAAAGUUGGAGUGUUGGUCAAGAAAGAGAAUGUUGUGAGAGCUAUAAAGCUUUUGAUGGUGGAAGAUUGUAAAUAUGUUAAUGAAGAUGAUGAUGAGAGUGAGUUCGUGAGACGAAAUAGACGUAUUCAAGAACUGGCAGUAAUGGCGAAAAAGGCUGUGGAAGAAAAAGGAUCUUCAAGUACUAAUGUUUCAAUCUUGAUCCAAGACGUUUUAGAGCAGUUGAGUCUCGAAUAA